CUGUUGAGUUAUAAAACAUCUCCCCUGGAGCUUUCUUCAGUUAGACGUUCCUACUGGCACAGACAUGGCAUACGUACCUGCUCCUGGUUACCAGCCAGCCUACAAUCCUCCCAUCCCUUACACUUCAGCAAUUGCUGGGGGCCUGCGGCCGGGAAUGGCUGUGGUCAUUCAGGCUGUUCCUCCUAGUUCUUGUAAUAGGUUUGCUAUAAACUUUUCCACCGGUCAGUAUGAUGGUUCAGACGUUGCCUUCCACAUAAAUCCUCGCUAUGAUGGGCGCGAUCGUGUUGUUUUUAAUUCUUUACAGGGUGGGACCUGGGAGAAAGAGGAGAUGAAGCGAGAAAUGCCAUUUAAACUUGGGAAAGUGUUCCUACUAAUCUUUGAGAUCACUCCGAAUAAUUAUCAGGUUACUGUUAAUGGAUCCCCAUUCUAUGAGUUUGCUCAUCGGAUCCCUCUGGAGCGGGUCAGCUGGAUUCAGGUGACAGGAGAAAUCACUGUUCAGGCUCUUUGCAUCAUUGGGAAUGGCCCUGCAUCUGGAGCUGGCGGUACUAAAGGAGCAGGUCUCCUCAUGUCUUCCUCACAGGAGUUUCUCCCGCCUAUGCUGGGUCCCCCAAAUCUGCAUCCGAUUACCCCAUUUAAAGCAAAUAUCCGUGGAGGUAUGAUUCCAAAACGUACAGUGGUCAUCAAAGGAAUUGUGAACUCCAAUGCAAAGACUUUCCAAAUAAGCUUCAAAGUUGGAUACACGAAUGAUAUUGCCCUGCACAUUAACCCUCGUUUAAACAAGAACACACUGGUCAGAAACAGCUUUAUAAAUGGAACCUGGGGCGAGGAGGAGAAAGAUGUUGUGAAAAACCCAUUUCAUCAGGGCGAGUACUUUGAUAUCUCUGUACGUAGUGGGGAGAAGCAAUUUAAAGUCUAUGUGAAUGGCUACCACUGCUUCAACUAUGUUCAUCGUCUCACCAAUCUGCAGCAAAUCGACACCAUGGAAAUAGAUGGGGAUCUAAAACUCUGCUUUGUACAUUUCUGAUCUUCUAUCAACAUAACAAAAGUAAUUUGCCAUUUCUCCUGCUAUCAAAUUUUCAUAGAAUGCUUCCUGAGUUUCUUAGCUACUGAUUUUGCCUUUUCUCUUUGUGCUUUUAUGAUUUCCCAUAUAAAAUUACAGUAUGCAAAGCUACAAUGCAACCAGACGUUAGGUAAUCCUAAUCCUUAAAAAUCACUUCAUAUAAAAAUGAUUUGGUAUUCGACCAAAUCUUUCGCAAAGGAUUCGGGGUUCGUCCGGAUCCUAAAAUAGUGGAUUUGGUACACCCCUAAUACAGGGUAUCACUUUAAUUCUACUUAUUUUAACAAAAACUAUUAAACUGAGUACUCUUAGGGACAGAUUUAUUUACAUUCUGAUUUUGUGGUUUAAUAGCUUUUAUAACCACGACUAAACUCAUUUCUACUAAAACCACAAAUGUCUACUCAUUUAUUAAAUGAUUUGAAGUGAAAAAGCACAAAUGAAUUAAAAUGUGUAAUGAAAAAAAACAAGAAAUCCAUGUUUUUUGGUGUUUUUAUGUCUUUCCACAAAUUUUUGUGGACUUGCAAACAAAAAAAACCCUGAGAACCUCUAAAGCCACAAAUGAAAUGAUUGGUACAGUUUGCCUAGGGCAGCUCCCAUUGACUUCUACAUGACAUCGACAGCUUUUAGAUGGUGAAAUUUUGUAUAAGUGUUUUUUUGUGGUUUUGCAGCUUAAUAAAUCACAAAAAAACGCAAUUUUUUUUUACACAAAAAAUGUAAGUUUUAGUUUAGAACAAAAAAAAAUGAAAAAAAAAAUACAUCAGUACAUUAGUAAAUGCAAACCUUAGGGGCAGAUUGAAGUGUAAAAUUAGAGCUCACAUCAGAAAAACUCACCCACUUUCUCUUUAUUCCUAUAGGAUUUGUAUUUAUCAAGUUGUGAACUUCCACCCACUGAUAAAUGUGCUUCUAAAAAUUCCAUAGAAAUAAAUAGAAAGCGGGUGAGUUUUUUCUGUAGUGAGCUCUAAUUUAACACUUUGAUAAAUCUGCCCAGUAAUGUGUGACUGCGUUGAUGCCAGGCCAACCCCCCCCCCAGAGGGAAGUAUUUAGCGGAAUAUUUGAUUAGCGUCUCCAUUUAUGUUAGAGUUUCUCGAACAUUUCAAGCAGCAACCUCGGCAAAAUAUCCUUUCAGAGAAUGAAGGGACCCAUAGAGAACCAUCAGAUUCAUUAGCGAUAUAUGUACUGUACUGUACUGCCUAACAGGUUUUUUUCUACAAAACCCAAGUCACAUCUUGUUGCAGAUAAAAAGAUUUCGCUCUUUUUUCUUACUUGCCAUUCCUCAUAGCAGGCCAAUAAAUGUAAUCAUGUAAGCAGAUUUUAUUCAAAAUAAAGUUUUUCAAAAACAUUGUCA